AUGUCCGACCACCGUUUUGUUCCAGCCGGCAGCCUGGUUCCCAGUCCGUUCUGUCCGACCGGCUAUCAGCGGCGCGGCUCCACCUGCUAUGCCUACAACACCAGCGGUCGCACCUUCACAAACACAAAGAGCUACUGCUCCGGUCUGGCCAGCGGUGACAUGGCGGCCACAAGAGACUCGACUGAGCUGGAUGCGUUCUCCGAGAUCACGGGCGGCGCAGCAGUCUGGCUGGGCGGUAAAGCUGCUUCAGUAGAUGCGCCCAUGCAGUGGCAUCCGCUGAAGUCGACCCUCGCAGGAGUUAACGCGCUCACUAACGGACCUAUCUCUGAAUGGGCUAACUCGACGAUGCUACCGAGACAGUCUGGCUACGACUGUUUGUCGCUGCCGAGCCUCACUCCAGCCUCGUGCAGCACCAACAAACGAGCGCUGUGCGUCAAGGCGGCAGACGCCGGCUGCCCGGCCGGUUUCCUGCGCUCGGGCUCGGCCUGUGUGUACGCCUCCAUGGCGCCGGCGACGUUCUCGGCGGCACGCGCCUCGUGCGCCAGUCUGACGUCGGAGCUGUACGAGCCGCGCGAGCCGGGUCUGAUGCUGCACGUGCGGAGUCUGGUGGCGACGAUCAACAGCGGCGACCACUGGAUCGGACUCCAGGAGAAGUACCCGGGCGACUUCCGGUUCGUCUCGGACCACAGCUCGCCCCUGUUCUCGUUCUUCGACGAGUCGUCGGGCGUCGGUCCGAUAAGCGACGGUAGUUCCUCCGGACCGUGUGUGAAGAUGGCUGCCAACGGUCAGCUCGGGUCGUCCGACUGCGAUGACCAGAAACACUUCAUCUGCCUCUACAAGCCAAGACCUCUGUGCCCGGCCGGGUUCGUCUCAUUCGGAGAGACGUCGGACUGCUUCUACCACAUGGUGGGCUCGGUGGAGCGGAGUGGCGCACAGGCGCGCUGCGCUGCGCUCGGUGCCGCGCUCGGAGAGAUCCGAGAGACGGACACGCUGAACAGCUUCCGCACUUGGCACGGCAACACUGCCAGCCGUCUAUGGACCGGUGUCACCGACCUGGGCGAGAACAACAAGUUCACGACGUCCGACGGUCUGGUUCCAACCCUGCUGCCGUGGGGUACCGGUCAGGGCGGCGACACCUCUCUGGGAUGCACCUCUCUGGACAGGAACGUGGUGGCCGACUCAACCUGCGAGAGCAGCGCCGCCGACGGCUACCUGUGCGUCCACUCUCCAGGUGCGUACAGAGUGCGGUGA